AAAGCACGGAACUGUUGAGUGCACUUGAUAAUAUAGAAAAGUCCCACGAACAAUCUACUCGCGACAGUUCAAUGUAAGCACGUUGAGAAAAAGAAUAAUUAUACACGAAAAUAUCCACAUUACUGUAGAGUAAUAACUUAAGCUGGGGGAAGAUGAAGCCCAGUUUCAUCAUUCACUAGAAAGUCAAGGAAUAUGAUCCUUCUGCUAAGUGUUUAAGUUGGCUAAGUGUAAUACAGAGCUUUUAGGAAUCUUUUUUUUUUUUUGCGUGAAAAUUCUAUGUGCACUUAGCUUUCACAUUGUAUCAUGUGGUAAACAUGUUCAAGAAAUUGAGCUCUGAGCUCUUCUUGCAGCAUCUCUGGUAUAAAAACCAGCAACUUCAUUCCAAUCUUCUGCAUCAAUAGCAAUACUGAACAAGCACAGAGGAAAUCCCAUUGUUUUCUUUGCCUAACCUUCUAUUUUUCAGAUUAGUCGAUUACCAAGAAAGAAGAGCAAAUGGAAAAGAACAAGUCAGGCAAGGAUUCAACUGGGGUGUGCGAAAAGAUCUUCAAUGCAGUCGCUGGUUUUCAUCGCAAGUCAGGCCGGUCGCAGAUCACUGUAGUUACCAAUGUUGCAGAUUCAAAUCAGCUCACACUUCAAAAUGCAGACAAACCAGCCAUAACCCUUGUGUCUGUUCCCCCGAAAGAAACCUUCGUGCAGCAGAAAUCAGGCUCUCCCCUCGUUGAUGUUCAGAUUCAUUCAGGAACACCUAGGAAUGAAGGAGGAGUAUUCAGGCCUUCCAAGACUGAAAAUAGUGCUGCAAAAUCAGCCACUGUUUUUGUUCAUAUUGAAGGCCAUGAUCAAGGCAAAUUUGCAUCUGGUCAUGACCAACUAAACAAAGUUGCUCUAAGCAAUGGAUCAAAACCACCAGUUCAUUCCUCACUAGGUAAGAAAUCAGACCAAGAAAGAGCUGUUUCCCCUAACAUUGUCGUUGUGCAAGGUCGCGGAGGUCAAGGAAUUUAUGUUACUCCAGAGAAAGCAGUACAAAAUAUUCCAAAACCAGUACCGGUGAAAACCACGUCUAAGAAAAUGGAGCAUCCAGAAAGUAAGAAGGCGGAGCAAGGUGAUAUAUACUCAAACUACAUAUCUGAGGUGAAAAACAGAAUGAGAACCCCAUCAGAUAUCAGCGAUCAUCACGAAAAUGUAAGACAGGCAACUAGGUCUGCUACCAGAAGGGAUAGUUUCAACGACAGGGUCGCGAAAUACAUCAAUCGAGCCAGGAACAACUUCAGAACCACAUCAAAUGUUGGUGACACCUAAAGCUAAGAUGUCUGUCUCUUAAUUACUACGUAUUGUGCGUGGAAUAAGUUGAGCAGCAGCAUUAACAUUAACAGAAGAGGUGGUGUGAAACAAAAUUAGCUCAUCUGCAAGUAUUGGCUGGUUGGAAUGAUGAUCCCCAACUCCCAAGUUCUGCUUGGAGGAAAUUGUUAUAUCAUUGUAUUUAGGUGAUUAAAAAAAAACAAAACUGAUGUUUUAUGCUCUCAUAAAAAUAUUACUAAAAUUGUAUUAAUUGGAAGUGGUUACGGAUUUACAUGAAUUCCCUAUAUGCCGGAAUCAUAUUUAUAAAUUGUGAUUUAUCUUAUAGAAAUAUGAUUUUUUUUGAACUUUUUGUUCCGUUCUUAAUUAGCAUAAUCGUUUAAGAAAAUAUAAUCACUGUUAUUAACUGUGAACGUCUUGUUAUUAUGUGUGGAACAAAGUGAAAAAGGAUGGAACAAACUUGUGG